AUGGAUCACUCAACGCACAAUGCUAACCGCAAGCUGACAUUCUGGCCUCACAUUGUGUGCGAAGGAAACAACGUAUGGGCCGAAUUGCAAUGCCAUAUCUGCCAUAGAAACGGACAUAAUACGAACGACAUCCACGGGUUCGUCUUCCUAAACAGCGUGGCCGCGUUCCAAGCUCAUCUCCGCCGAGUGCACGGCGAGGAACUAGAUUACGCUGAAGCCAAGGCACAGUGCACUACUCGCAACUUAAGUCAGGCAGCGUUGGAAGGACUAGUGGCUGGAACAGGCACGGCUCACCCAGUAGAGAAGCGUGUUUGUGUUACUAUGCCGUUCGAAGAAGCGAAGUCGCUAGUGUCAGGGGCCACUCAGGAGGAGAUUGACGCAGACUUUGCGGCUAUGGGCCUGCGAGGUGGACAUGCUGUCGAUAAUGGCCAAACUGAGAUAGACCACGCUCGAGUUCGAUUCGCAGAUUUGCCAAUCUUAGAUACCGAGUCCGAGACCUCUGAAUCCAAUGGCAACAAGGGGGUCCAAAAGAACCAGGAGGAAGACGAAGUUGGGAAUGCCGCCAUUGAUGACGAUGAAGUUGGAGAGCAGGAGCUGGCUGGUGCUGGCGCAGAGCCCAACGUGACCGCUACCAAGAAUAACAUCGAGAUUGACGAGGAUAAGAAUCGGAACGUCGAGAAUAGUCAGACGCCGGUGGAAUGGAGACGAACGAAGAAGUCUGCACUAAUGAACAGACUACUUCGACCGUACCUGAUGUGGCAGCCUUGGCAUGCGCAUAUCGGUACACCUUCCAUGCUCUUCGUUCCCGAAAGUAGGGGCUUUUCUUGCCACGAAUAG